UUGAGGAACUUUCUGAGAGCAAAAUGGCUCUUGAUAGCAUGUGGGCUCCCCAGGCAUCAAUCAUCGGGGAUGGGCCUGCCAAGAACGUGGGUGAACAGGCCCCCCUACAGACACACGUCCUCCAGACUGCCUCCUUAAAAGAUGGACCAGCGAAGCGGGCAGUGUGGGUCCGCUGUAACCGUUCAGAGCCAGAAGAACCUACUCAAUCAACGAUGGUCAAGAAACCCAAGCAAGAGGUGACCAAAGCAGUGGUCGUGGACCUCGGCACUGGCUCCUGCAAAUGUGGCUUUGCCGGGCUGCCGAAACCCACCCAUACCAUCUCAUCAACAGUGGGCAAGCCCUACAUGGAGACGGCCAAAACUGGGGACAAUCGCAAGGAGACAUUCGUGGGGCAGGAGCUCAUUAACCCAGCGGUUCGUCUCAAGCUAAUUAAUCCUCUGCGACAUGGCAUCAUCGUGGACUGGGACACAGUGCAGGAUAUCUGGGAAUAUCUCUUCCAUCAAGAGAUGAAGAUCGCCCCAGAGGAGCACGCAGUCUUGGUUUCAGACCCACCCCUGAGCCCGCACACCAACAGAGAGAAGUACGCUGAAAUGCUGUUUGAAACCUUCAGCACUCCUGCAAUGCACAUCGCCUACCAAUCCCGCCUGUCCAUGUACUCCUACGGGAGGACCUCUGGCCUGGUGGUGGAGGUCGGCCACGGCGUGUCCUAUGUGGUCCCCAUCUAUGAGGGUUAUCCUUUGCCCAGCAUCACCGGACGCCUGGACUAUGCGGGCUCUGACCUGACAGCCUAUUUGAUGGACCUGAUGAAUAAUUCGGGGAAACACUUCACCGAGGACCAGAUAGGCAUUGUGGAGGACAUCAAGAAGAAAUGCUGCUUUGUGGCCCUGGACCCCAUCGAAGAGAAGAAAGUCCCAGCCACUGAGCAUACAAUCCAGUACACUCUGCCUGAUGGGCAGGAGAUAAACCUGUGCCAGGAAAGGUUCCUCUGCUCAGAGAUGUUCUUUAAGCCUUCUCUGAUCAAGUCCAUGCAGCUGGGGCUCCACACUCAGACCGUGUCCUGCCUUCACAAGUGUGACAUUGCCCUCAAACGGGAUCUCAUGGGGAACAUCCUGCUCUGCGGGGGGAGCACUAUGCUCAGUGGUUUCCCUAACCGGAUGCAGAAGGAGCUGAGCACCAUGUGUCCCAAUGACAACCCGCAGGUAAACGUGCUGCCCGAAAGGGACACUGCAGUGUGGACAGGUGGCUCCAUCCUGGCAUCGCUUCAGGGCUUCCAGCCCCUGUGGGUCCACCGCUUUGAGUACGAGGAGCACGGGCCUUUCUUCCUCUACAGAAGGUGCUUCUGAACUCUGACCAAGCAUGGUUGCCAUGAGGCAGCUUUGCUGGGUGAGCACCCACCCAACACAUAGGGAGCUGAGUCCACAAGUUUGCUCCUGUAGUAGUAAACAAUCCUCGUGUUCCCUC